GGAUAGGGCAAAGCUGUUGGUUGGGAGGCGUGUUCUCACCUCUGGCUAAGAGCAAUGGUGUGUUUUCUGGUGGCUGAGUGCCUCAGCCUACCCUUCCCCUCCCUUCUCCUUGCAAGGCUGAAGCCCAGUUUGCACUGUGUGUAGAAGAGCUCAGACUGGUGCCACAGAUCAACACUGAACAGUGAAGGGUCUCUUCAUCUGUCUGGGAUAUAAGAUGGCUGUUGUACAUGGCUCUGUUCCCUUUUUGUCUGGAAACUAAAGACUGAGUGUGGCAAAAUCAAUGACAUUUCCAACUAGGGAAGCCCUGUGACCUCAGAAUUCACUUGACAUGUUUUGGGACAACUGGAAGAAUGAGUAGUAUGGAUAACCUGCUGCCUAGCAGGGCUGUUGCCAGGCAGGGCAUAGAAACCAUCUAUGUAUAGUUGAGCUGUGGAAGCAGCUUUGGCAGCAAUGAAUGUUGAGCUUCUUGUGCAAAUAGACCUUUCAGCCUAGAAGUGGUAACAUGUGCCAAAGGCUACUCAGCACAUCACUUCCUUACCAAAAGCCUAAGAGUGUGUGUGUUUGUGUAUGCACAUAGCAGAUAGAGUAAUGAAUAUCAGUUUCUACUAGUCAUCAAUAUGCCCUUGAAGCUAAGCAGGGAUUCCCAGACCAGGUAACAUCCCUGUGUAGGCUUGGUCAUUUGUGGGCUCUUCUUGGGCCCAAUAAUUGGAGUGGUGGGUGGAUAGAAAGUAAGGCCUAUGUGAGUAUAGGUUCUGAAAAAGGGGCUUCUGAGCCGGCCUAGCCUUAGUCCUGGGCAUCUGGAGUCACUAGAGGGCCUUGUGGGGCUGCCGCACUGUGUUUCUAGGGAGAUGUGGCCGGCCCCUUGGAGGGCAACAAGAACCCAACAGGGUCUUGUCUUCCCCUUGACUAAAGCUCCCUGAGCUGGGCUGGAGAGCUAACAGCCAUCUGCCUUGCUUUUCGCCACUUCUUUCCUAUGACCCUGGGGUGUCUUGCCUCUUGUACCCCAACUUGAGAGCUGGGGCCUCAUUUCCACACAUCCCCACCUCAAUGUGUGGUUCCUGUCCUAUGACAUUAGGGGCCCCGAAGCCUCACUGAGCCCCAUUAGACUGAGGUGGCACUCCAUUCUCACUGCCUGAGAUUAGCACCCUGUUACCCCUACUACUUAGCCAUUUCUUGUCUCCCUCCGUCCUCAGGGAAAUGGGCACUGAGCAAAGGGCUCAGAGAUCACUCUUCCUCUGCCUUACCCUCUCCCUAAGGCCAAGGCUGCCUUCAUACUUUUAUCAGUCCUGAAUCCCACAACCUGCAGGCCACCUCUGAUCUGCUUGCUCUAAGGUAAAGACCUAGUUCUUCUUCCUGCACCCCCACCCAUCCUCCAGUGGACUGAUACCCCCCCAUCCCCAGGAGAGUGGUGGUCUUUUGUAAACUCUGGGUCAAACUCUUGGAGAUGCUGGAUUCUGAGGGAGGAGUUUUCCCUGCAUUUUACAGCCUAGCGUUGCUCAAAGAAGACAUGUGAGUGAGACAGAAAAAGACACGGCUUUUAGCCUCCUGCAUCUGCGUCAGGUGUGCAUGUUUAUUCCAGGUGGAUCUUCCAACCCUCACUCAUCUCCUCACCUGUUGUCAACAGCUUUCUCUGCUGAUCACAGAACCACAGACCUCACUCCACACACUCAUCCACAGGUGCAUGCACCAGAGACUCUGGCAUGAGACUCUGAGAGCACAGCUUCGGAUUUUACCUGGUUCUAGUUUGUUCCUGCCGAGUCCCAGCCCCUUAGCUACUCCAGCCAGUGUUGGGGAAGUGCCUUCCUGCUAAUUCAGGGUCAACUGCGUGUGGCUGGGAGUUUUGUACACCAGCCAAGCAGGGAAGUUGCUAUUUCCUGUGGUGAGAGUUUUGGGGCCAGGCGGCCACACUGAGUCUCGGAGCUCCCCAAAGCUCUUCAGGGCUUAAGAGCCAGGUAGGAAGAUGUAGACUUAACCAGUGAGCCUGCAGAAGUGGUUAUGCCUGUGCGUGUGAAGGGUGGAUGCUGAGUGAUACAGCUGACCUUGGGGCUGGGGAAGUGGGAAACCUGAGAGGCUAAGAUGGUAAUGGGCCAGUGUAGCCUUGAGUGUAAAAGGUCACGAUUCAGUUUGGGGUCCCCAGUACCAAUGACUAUUGACUCCUUGGGCAUUGACUGGAGAAAAUAAAGUCUUGGCUUUAUAGAAAGUUAGCUUUGAAGAGUGCAAGGGGACCACUGUCCACCCCUAGGCAAGACAGUGCUGAUCUGUCACCCCCUUAGGGGCCUUAGUGGAGUGAGGUGGACAGAAGACCCCAGUGAGUUUGGAGAGGGGCCUGGGGAGUCUGUCCACUUUGAGUAUUGGAUCAUGGGGCGGAGCAGCCUGCUUGGGAUUGGGGCUCGUAGUUGGAGCAGAACUGAAAGUGAAAUCACGGCUGGGAGCUCUUCCCAGCAGCUGACUGCAUCCUGCUCUUCCCAGAACAAGGCUGUCAAGGGAGAGUGUUGCUUCCCAGGUAAGUCCCUGGCUCUUUGUGCCUUUCUCCUCCUUCCUAGUGGGUAGCAUUGGAUUGGGGCAUGGUUAUAGAAAUGCUCUUUGGAGCUGGUAUAAGAGGAAACUGUUACUAGGUAACAAUAGUGCCGACUGCCCAGCUUGUGGCUCUAGGCCUGCCCUCUGAAGUACCAGAGGCUCAAAUGGAUGUCAGUAACACUGUCCCAGGUAAGGAACCUGAGAAGAUGUGGGGUUGGCUGAAUUUUACUCACCUUUUUCCAGAGGAAGUUACAGAUACCAGACUAGCUAGCUCCUGACGCAUUCAUCAUGACCACAAGACACAGCUGGACAGCAGGUAGGAUGUGGGGCUCUGGGGUCUUCCUAAUGGAUGGAGCACUGUUGCUUUGGCUGCUGUGUAGCUGCUCUGGCUCUGGCUCCAUUGCAAGGCUUCUUUACAUCACAUUCAGCAGGGCUAAAGGGUGGAGGCUGAAGGGUCUCCGCCCACUCUGAUGCCUGGUGACAGUCAAGUAGCAGCUUGUCUCUGAUCAAAGUAGCUGCUAGGAUGCUGAGCUUUACAUCUGUAACUAUCUGUUCCUCAGACCCCAAUUCUUGGUGGGUCCUCCUCCUGUACGUCCAUGGUGUCAUUCUGGCCAGAGCCACAUCUGCACCUCAGACAACUGCCACUGUCUUUACUGGGAGCUCAGAGGACCCAUGCUCAUCCUGGUCGCCAGCAAUUCUAACUAAGCGGUACCCAGCACUGGACGUGAUCUGGCCAGAGGAAGAAGUGCCACUGAAUGGAACGCUGACCUUGUCCUGUACUGCCUGCAGCCGCUUCCCCUACUUCAGCAUCCUCUACUGGCUGGGCAACGGUUCCUUCAUUGAGCACCUCCCUGGCCGGCUGAGGGAGGGUCACACAAGUCGGGAGCACAGGAAUACAAGCACCUGGCUACAGAGAGCCUUGGUGCUGGAGGAACUGAACCCCACCCUACGAAGCACCAACUUCUCCUGUUUGUUUGUGGACCCUGUACAGGUGGCCCAGUACCACAUCGUUCUGGCCCAGAUCUGGGAUGGGUUGAAGACAAUCCCGUCCCCUUCUCAAGAAAUCCGCUCCAGCCACAGCCCAGGACCCACAUCAGCAGGGCCAGGGGUUAGCAUGAAGCCAGCCACAGCCUUGACUGGAGCCUGGCUCCCAUCUACCUGGAGGGUGAAGUCUCCACCAUAGACUCUGCUUACUCCUGUGCAGCUGAGCCUCAAACUCAAGCUUCACUUCUACCUAGAAUAUCACAGUAAUUAAAUCAGGCCCUUAAAAUUCC